UUCAUUAGCCCAAACAGUUAUAGAAAAAUAAUAAAUAGAAAUGUAAGUUGAUUACUAACAGAAUAAAAUUCAUUGAAUAAAAAAACAAAAAUGCGAAAAGGAAUUGUAUAGUUGUGACGCACAUGACGAACAGAAUAUAUAAAGAAAACAGUAAGAAUAUUUACAGCAUUCUAUGCCAAACAUGGAAUUCGAAAAACACUGAGUGACCAGUUUAAAACUUUAUUUUUCGAUGUAACCACAUCGGUUUUAAGUAAAACAGGGUAACCUCCUCAUUUCUUCUUUAAAGCGCUUGAUUUUAACAGACAAGCAUGGAUGAUCCUGCAGCAUUACAAAACGCAACAUCACCAACUCUUUCACCUUCUAAGUGGUUUAUGGAAUUCAGAUGGAAAAUAAUACUUAUUGCAGCCUACAGUUUUGUGUUCUUAUGUGGCAUGGUUGGCAACACCGUUGUAUUGUAUGUUAUACACCGAAAGAAAACACGCAACACAAUGUCGGAUGUAUUGAUCGCUUCUUUGGCUUUUGCUGAUUUCUUGGCAUCACUAAAUGUACCGCUUGUCAUGAUAUAUGACUUACUCUGUCCUGCAUGGCAUCUUGGUUAUGCUUUAUGUAAAAUUUUACCAUCGAUGAAUGGAUUUACCAUAUGCGCAUCAGCAUGGUCGUUAGUCCUUGUUUCUGUAGACCGUUUAAGGAUUAUAUUGUAUCCAUUCAAAGCAAAGCUAUCACGGUCCAACAAAAUAAGCAGCGUGUGUUUUGUUUGGUUUUUAUCCCUCUUGGUUACAUAUCCUUAUUGUCAUUUCCAGGAAUUGAGAGAUGAUAUAUGUGCAUCCAUGUGGAGCAGCCAAAAGCAGCAGUUUAUUUACUUUACCAUUUUUAUUAUUGUUGUCAGUUUUAUACCUGUUAUUGUAAUGGUCAUAGCCUACACAUUAUCCGCAUAUCAUCUCCAUAAACGUGUGAAAAUUCACCAUAACAGCAUUGCUACUGCCAAAAGAAUUCAGCAAAAUCGACGCAUCACAAAUAUGUUUGCUUUAAUUGUUUUUGUUUUCGUCGUUCUUACGACACCAUAUUGGAUAUUUGUGUUCCUAUACACCGCAAUACAAGCAUUUGAUUGGACAACAUUUCAAACAUACAACGACAUGCUUGUCUCCUUGAAUUAUAGUUUGUUUACAUUGUACGCAUUCAACUCGUGUGUGAACUUUUUUAUUUAUGCGCGGAUGUAUCAUUCCUUCCGAAAAGUGUUUAAAAAGUUUUUACGACACAUUCCGCCGAACAACCUUUAAUCUGCUAAAACUAUUUUAUAAGGACAUGGCUUUCUUGUUCGAAUAUUGCGAGCAUAUGCAUGAAUUGUUGGAACAUUGUGUAAAAUGUAGCAACUUCUUGACCUGUUGGAUGAACGUAUUUGCAUAUUCUGGUAAUAUUUGAAUAACUAACUACCUUUGUAAUGCAAUGUUUUCAUUGAGUUAAAUUUAUCGUAAUGUUUUAAAAUUUUCUAAUAUACAAUUCAGGACAUAAUAUUUUAGCAAACACCUUUUUGGCUAUUUCUCCAAGAAACAACAUUGCUUGGCAAAUACUCUGCAGACGGUACGCUGUAAAGCUGUAACCAUAGCAGUGGUGUAGGCUGAGUAAACAACGCUGACUGCACUUUCCACAUUAACCGCAUUAUGAAAUGAUCCGCUACGCGACCUGGAAAGGGUGCAUAAAAUCGAACGAUCUACACGUGCUGCCGUUGACAAAAAUUAGUACCAACAUGCACUAAGAUCAGAAUUAAGUCAGUUGCGAACAUAAUCAAGUUCUGAGUGUGUGUUACUAAUAUAGAAACGGCUUUCCAAAUUGCUUGUGGUUACGAGCUUUGAAAUUCCGCCCAAUUUAUGUUCGGGAUGGUGCUGAAGGAAAUCGCUGGCAUUACAUUCGAUGUUUUAAUGUUGGGUUGAAAUUACCUAUAAAUUCGAAAUCAACUCAAAGUUUAAAAGAUCAAACAAUCUAUCCGAGGAUAUCGAAAUGGUAUUUAAAACGAUAAAGACACGACAAAGAAACAUAUUAUAAAUUUGAAGUGAAAUAAAGGUUCGUCUGGAAAUUAUGUUCCGGCAAACGUAUUAAAGCAGGUUGUUGAUGCGUAUACUAAAGACCAUACUUAUCUUUUCAACAUUGAAUGUGUUUACGAACAAAGUUUUCCUGAUUUAUUGAAAUGUGUUGACGACGGCAAAAAAUUAACACUUUAGGCCUAUUAAUAUGUUCCUAUCUGUCUCUGAAAUAUUUUAACGUGUUUUAAAUAAUCAGAUAUCAAUUUUUUAUGUUGUGUAAGAUGUCACUGUUAUUAAGUGGUUUCAUGAAGGGCUACUGUUCACACUAUGCCUUAUUACUCAUCCUGCGCGACUGACAUUAGGAUUAGAUCGAGGAAAACAUGUAGUAACUGUUUAAAUAGAUUUGAGUAAAGCAUUUGACUGCAUCAUGAAUUACUUUUUGCAAAGAUGCUUGCAAAUAGUUUCUCAAAUUAGGCUUCACAUGUUCUUUAUAGGUACCUCACUAGUCGUGAGUAAAAGGUAGGUGGCAAAUAUAGCUCCUGAUUUGAUCUGUUUAUUGAUGUUUUUCAGGGCUCGAUUAUUGGGCAUUUGCUUUUUAAUAUUAAUUUGAACGACCUUGUGUUAGAUUUUAGUGAUAAUGACGUAGGUAUACCCCCCUAUGCCGAUGAAAAUAUCCUUUUUGCAUCGUCUACUGAUAUCAUAAAGGUGAAGCAGAAGUUAGAAAAACCUUUGUAUUAGUAUUUGUGAUAGUUUUCUAGAAAUAGUCUUCAACUUAAUGUUGAUAAAUGUUAAUUAUUAGUUAGUUAAUUUUAAUGAGAAAUGUUUUAAAAUAAUGUGAAAUUGAAUAACUUUUGACAACGCGCUUUCUUUCACAAAGCAUGGUAAUGAAUUAUUUAAAAGGGCCAGCGCCAAAUUAUCUGCUUUAAAACGAAUAUCGGUUUAUGUCAUUUAUUGAACGAAAAGUUAUAGCGAAUUCGUUUGUAGCGUCAGAAAACAGAUAUUGUCCUCUCAUUUACUCAUUCACUACUAAUUCAUCUCUUACGAAAAAAAACAGUGCAUAGCAAAGCUCUUAAGUUGUGUUAUGACCCUGCACAAGAGAGAUCCGCCUGCAAAAGAAUGCACCGUCAUUUUUGUGAGAUAUUACUUCAGGAGGAAAUUAAGGCUAGAAAUGGCUUAGGCCCAUCCUAUACGCAGAGCGUUUUCCUUUUAUAGAAAGCUCACCAUACAAUUUGCAAAGAGGAUUGUGAGACACGGUCUACAAUAUGUUUCUUAUACUGGUGCUCAGUAAUGGGAUGGUCUUCAAGUGGCAAUGAAAAGUGAGAAGUCUUUUAAUGUUUUCUGCAAAAAGAUUCGGCAGUUGGAUAGUCUACACUGCAAAUCUUUAGUUUAGGUUAUGUAAAAUAAAUUUAUUUUUACUUCUAUUUUUAAUAUAGUUGAUCUUAAUUAGACGUAAUAGGCUAACCAGCUUUCUUUCCAGAAAAUCCAAUUACUUAGUUUAUAAUAAUGUUUGCAGGGAAAUGGUUCAGUUAAAUUUUAUUUCCCUUAUAACAUAUUGUACUUUAUCGACUUGUAAAGUUAUGUUAUCUGGUAAACUGUUCUUUUUUUGUGGCUUUUGCUUUCAAUCUUUCCAACCGACGCUGAUAAUAUUGCGAUAUAUUUAAUGAUUUCUAAUUUUAUAAUUAAUUUGUGUGAGAGCUAGUAUUACAAUUCUUCAAAUCUGUUUUUUUCUGAGCAUCCUAAUUUUCGCAUAAUUUGUAAAAAAGAAUAUACCGCGCAUAUUAACUGAUCGUGCAGCAGCUCCACGCAGAAAUAUUCCACAAGAUCCACCAUAUUACCAGUCUUUUGAUGCUUUGUAAAUUUUAGUUUACCUUUAACAUUUCUGCUUAUAUUUCAAAAGGCUCAAAAUGACCUUGCUUCUAUUUCUUGCAGGAUUCUCGAAUUGCGCAACAUAAGAGGUGCGUGCGGUGGCGUUGCCAAAAGUAACUAAUUUGUCAUUUCGUAUUAUCAGCAUAUUAUUAUCACCUUUGCAAACAAUCUUAACAUUUUCCAAUAACCUGGGCGGCGGUGAAAUUUUCAUCAGUUUAUUGCUUUCAGGUUUUCUACAUUGCAUUGUUUAUACGUUGUAAUGAUUUUCUUAUUUGUGAAAACAAUUGUCUUUGUUUCGUGAAGUUGUUCUGCUAUAUUAUUUCAUGAAAUCUCUCAGUAACAUGCUGAGUCCUGAUCUACCUGCAGAUGUCUCGUGGGAGGCAGAUGUCUCAUUACACUUUAUUUUUCCAAACUUGAGUGAAUUAUAUUGUAUUGGGUUGAUUGUAAUUGCACAGAAUGACCAAUGUAAUUUUAUAUUUCGCAUUCGCUUAACCUUCUGUGGCCAAAAGGCUAUUUUUUUAAGCCUGAAUAAUUCUUUUCAACAAAAAAAUACUUUUUUAUUCACUUGAAUUAAUUUUUUGUACUUUGUGUUGGGUCUCUGUUACAUUUUUAUGUUUUUUACAGUCAAUUUUUUUCUUAAAUGUCCUUGUUAAUUAUUGUUAGAUAAUUUUUAACAUUGCAGCUAGUGUUGAUUUAAGAUAUAGUUAACUCCCGGCAAUUUGAACUUUCAUUAUCUCGAACCAUUUUCUUUGAUCCCUUACACUUUCCUUAAUACUUUCUCAUAAAUAACUCCGGUUAAAUCAAACCUCAGAUAACCUCGAACCCCCCCCCCCCCCCUCCUCUGGCUAGCUUCUUCGAAAAACUCGAAUAUUUUGCUGAAUAAGAAAAGGAAAUCAAAGAAAUUUAUUUGUAUAUCUAAUUUUAAAUGUUUUCAGUUUUUAUUAACUCUAUGCCUUAUCUAUAUAAUAAUACGCUUGUGUGAGUGACCAUGUGAGUCCACUACACGCAAAGUACGGGUCACUUUCUCACGACGUGGCAUUACGCUAAAAAUUACCAAGUUAGAAAAAACGCAAAUCAGGGGGUUAUUACAUAAUAAUUUAAUUCUUCUUUCUUAUUACCUUAAAAAAUAAAACUCUAUUUUAUUGAAAACUUUAUUUUAUUUUAGUUUACUCAUCAUGAGGUUAGAAUAAAGCUUAUAUUUGUUUUUUUUAUAUUUUCUAUUUUUGUGCUCUGGGACCGAGGUUGCUUCUUUUUAUAGAAACUUUAUCGGAUUCAAAUAUGAAUGUAAUUCGAAUCUGAAAUGUCAAAAACAAACUGUUGUGUUGUUGUCGAACGAGGUUGGUGUUGUAGUUAAAAGAUAUUUCUAAAGUACAAUAAUAUAACGUCACAAAAAGAAUUGUUUGGCAAUGCAUCAGACAAUUGUAGCUAUGCAUCUUCAAUUCGUUCUCUUUGUGAUGAAACGAAGUAAAUGACUGAUUGGACUUUUAUUCAGCCUUGCUAGCGACUUACUGAGAAAGCGAAAGAAAAGCAGCUAUGUUGUCUAAAUUAGUUGAUAGGAAAAUGAACUUGGGUUUGUAACGAGUUUCUAGCCGUUUCUUUUAAAGCUAAAUUUUCCUUAAAUAUUAAGUUUCUUGUUGUGUCUGGUGCCAGGAAAUAUUUUCUUUAAGCACUUAUUUUGAAAGAAUAUACUCUGAAAAAUGGGUCAGAAGUUUAGAAUACCCUAAGAAUAUGCCUAAGCUUGAUAGUUUGUUUUAAAUAUAAACAUUUGUAUGACGCACAAAAGUUUGUGUAUCAAACGAACUUUUUUAUGUCCAAGCAAUAGGCUGUUACAUGUAGUAGAAAUUGCCAUUAGCUAGCUCAUAGUAAAUUAUAGCAUCCUUUAUUUUAUUAAGGCAUUUUAUAUUUUCAGGCUUUAGUCAUAGAAUAAUUAGGAUAGUAUUUGUCAAAAAAAUAAAGAACAUCGAGGCUAAAACUAAAGCACGCUAUUCUUAUAAAAACAGCGUAUAUAUUUUAGGGAAGAAUUUACAUAAACUGUAAAAAGUAACUUUUCUGUUACUGUUUUCCACAGUGUAAUACAGUGUUGAUGUCGUUAUAAAAAACCUGGACUUAAAAAUUUAAAUCAAUGUUUACAUC